AUGGACCCAGCGUUGCACGCGGCGGCGGUGAAGGGGAGCGUGGCGAGCCUGAGGAUGCUGGCGGCCGAGCGCCCCGACAUCCUUGGUUCCAAGACGCCCCAGGAGAACACCGCGCUGCACAUCGCCGCGGAGCUCGGCCAUGCCGGCUUCGCCGAGGAGGCCCUGGGCGUGGACCACAAGCUGCUCGUCACCAAGAACGCCGACGGCGACACGCCGCUGCACCUGGCGGCCAGGUCGGGUAAGGUGGACAUGGUGGAGCUGCUCAUCACGCACGCCAGAGUAUUGCCUUCGGAGCAACCGCAGCACUCCCCCGCCGCCGCGCACCGAAAACAUGUUGAUGGACACACCGGAAAACCUUCCCCGACCUCCCCUGGAACUGGAAGCACGGAGGCGCUGGGGCCUCUGUUGAUAGCCAACAAGGCCGGCGACACCCCGCUGCACCAGGCCGUGCAGCACGGCUGGAGCGCCGUGGCGCUCAAGCUGCUGGACGCCGAGCCCAGCUGCGGCCACGCGCUCGACGCGAAAAAGCAGUCGCCGCUGCAUAUCGCCGCCCGGGAGGGCCUCGCCGACGUCGUGAGCAAGAUCGUCAGCCAUCCCUGGGUCCGCGAGAGGUUUUUCCCCUCCGACUCCGUCAGCGGCACCGCCCUCCACCAGGCCGUCCUCGGCGGCCACAGCCGUGUGGUGGAGAUAUUGCUCGUGGCGACGCCGGAGGAUCAGAUCGCGCUGACGGACUCGAGCGAGAACAACGCGCUGCACUACGCGGCUCAAAAGAACAGCGCCCGCGUGGUGAAGCUGCUGCUGAACCGGAAGGUGGAGCUGGCCUACAGGCGCAACCGCGACCUACAGUCGCCGUUGCACAUGGCCGCCAACUACGGGUCGACGGAGGCCAUGGUGGAGCUGCUUAAGCACUGCCCCGACGCGGCGGAGAUGGUGGACAGCAAGGGCAGGAACGCCUUCCACGUCGCCGUCACCAGCGGCAAGGUGGACGCCCUCAAGCGCUUGCUUAAGCACGUCCGCCCCGAGGAGAUCGUCAACCGCGUCGACCAUGGCGGCAACACGCCGCUGCACCUCGCCGCCGCCCUGUCGCGCGUCCAGUCGGCGCUGCUCCUCAUCAAGGACUGCCGCGUCAACCCCUGCGUCCUCAACCGGGACGGCCAGUCCGCGCGCAGCCUCAUCGAGAAGCGCGGCGCCAGCGAGGAGAUGGACACCUACGAGAUGUACCUGUGGAAGAAGCUCAAGAAGCACGAGGCCUGCAGGUGCCAGAAGCAGCAGCUACCUCCAAUCGCUACUUACCAGUCGCUGCGCGGCCGGAGGGCUGGCCACGACGAGUACUUCAAGCACAGCGUCGAGACCUACACGCUGGUGGCCACGCUCAUCGCCACCGUCAGCUUCGCCGCCACCUUCACCAUGCCGGGGGGUUACAGCCAGACCGAGGGCACGGCCAUCCACGGGCACACGGCGGCGUUCAAGAUCUUCGUCAUCUCCAACACCGUCGCCAUGUGCAGCUCCGUCGUCGUCGUCUUCUGUUUCAUCUGGGCAUGGCGGGACCCCGUCAAGUUCAAGCUCGACCAGCUCAUGUGGGGCCACAGGCUCACCAUCGUUGCCUGCCUCGCCAUGGUCGUCUCGCUCAUGACCGCUGUUUACAUCACCGUUGCGCCCACGGCAAGGUGGCCUGCGUACGUUGUGAUCGCCAUCGGAGCGAGCACUCCCGCCGUGGUGUUCCUCAUUCUUGGGAAAGAGGCAUUGUACAUCCCACUAUAG